AUGACACCAGAGGGAAUGGUGAACCUGACCGCGGUGGUAUCGAUAUCAUUCGCCUUCCUGGAGCAUCAAGAGCUCACGGAACAAGAAGCCAGGGUGCUUCAAUUUGAUCAGAUGAUCACCAGUGCCCGGUCAGUACUGCGCCGGUGCGGACGACCACCCUUUUUGCGCUCCCUGUGGACGCUUUGGUGGCAGCUUUCGCAAGCACUCCAUUCUAUGGAGCAGGUGCUCUGGCCUGGCCAGCCACCGGACACUCCAUUGAACCUGGACCUCCCGGUCGAGCCCCGUCCACUUUCGGACUUGCUGCUCGAUGAGUUCGACAAUGCGGCACCUACACGAGCCCUCGAGGCCUUCCAGCUGUGGUUUCACCAACACUACGAUGCUACCUUGCACAGCGAACUGGAUCAGACGUUGAGCGAUGCCGCCUUGAUCUUUCGCACGAUCGAAGGCAUGCUGAUGCUCAAACAGCGAUGCAGGACCCUGCAGCUGGCGUCUGCAGCAACGUCCUCACCACCUUCGACCGAUGCUCCAGCGGCGGCCUCUUCUCCAGCCGCAUUUCCGAUCAACCUUCGGAAUCCAGACGGUGGUGAACACCUUACCUGGUGCGACAACGAACCAUCCACUUUGGCGCUUCUGGAUGCUCAAACAGUUCAACAAACCCCAGAUGAAGCAGCCUCGGAGCCACCGACACCAUUUGUGCCAGUCCCAUCACUUGGAUUGGGCAGCGGGUUGUCCACACCUCUGCGAAGUGAUGCACAGGGCCUAUCAACACAUGAAAUCGCAGUGGCUCACAUGGCGGCGCCACCUCCAAAUGCUGCUUUGGCAGCACCAGCUUCCCCAAGAGGUCCAGGAGUUUUGCGUGAUGUAAAGCCUGGCAUGUCCAACGUUGAAGUUGCCGAACCUGGAAGUCCUUCCAAGAAAGCUCGUGUCAGUAAGAUGUCUGACAUGGAGUAUGAGCAUGAGGAUGACCAGAACCUCACCACGCUUUCAGAUGCGGAUGUUGAUCAGCUGGAGCUCUACGACCACGAGCUUCAAGACAAAUGGGAAGAUUGGGACUUAGGCGACUCGGAGUUGGACGGUCUCAUGCCGCAGCUUAUUUUCCCAUUCUCGCAACAUGAGCCUGUGCUUUCCCCUGCACAUAUGGCAGAGAUCGACUCCAUUGCUGAGCAGGAGACUCUUCGGCUUGUUCGAAUGGGUGUUUUGCUUCCCAUCGAUUCCACUGACCCAUCCAAGACCAAGAAGCUUUCCGCGCGUUUGUCAUUACAUGUCAUUACAUGGAGGUCCAAGACAAUGGACGGCAGAGCAUGUUGGCUCAGGAGAGCACGUUUUGUGGCAAGGGAAUACAGCUGGUUAACUCCAGAUCGGCGAGAUUUGUUUUCUCCCGCUUCCAGUAGCUGCACGAGUAAACUCCUUCCUUCCUUGUAUUUGUAUUUGCUGAACAAGCAUCCACAACAGAAUUUUGUUCUGGCUUCCAUGGACAUUGGCGAUGCCUUCCUUUGCGUCGACCAAGUUGAUCCAGUGAUUGUAACUUGUGAAGGCCUCAGCUAUGCACUUGGGAAGGUGCUACCUGGUCAGAGAGAUGGCAGCCAGCUUUGGUAUGAACACGUGCACAAAACUUCCGUGCAGGUGAUGUCAUCCGUGGGUGAUUCCAUCGAAUUCCUCAAAAGGACUCAUGUGCUUGUUGAACCAGGCACGAUCCACAUCCAGCGCAACUCACGUCACUUUGACAAGUUGUUUGAAAUCACAGGUGUGAAGGUCUCUAUGCACGCCAAGAAGACACCGUGUCAUGACUUGAUGAAUGAGCCAGACAAAACCAAUGAACUGGAUCCUGCAAAGGCAUCCUUGUACCGAAGUGCAAUUGGAGUUCUGAUGUAUUUGUCGUCAGACUUGAUUGAGUGUGCUUACACAAUCAGAAGACUUGCCCAAUACAUGGCAAAGCCUACACAGCGAAGUUGGGUGCUCUUGCGGUUGAAGCUGUCAUUGGACAACACGGCCGCUCGCCACAUUCUCCAAAGGUCAGGCGUUGGAAGAGUCAGACAUCUUUCAUGCCGUUUGCUGUGGAUUCAACAGCAUGCGAAAGACAAGAGACUUGAAACUGCAUCGAUCCCAACCAAGAAGAACACAGCAGAUCUUGCCACGAAGAAGCUCAGCAGAGAUCGUAUGGAGUACCUCAUGCGCAUGGUCGGAAUCUAUAAUGAGUCCACCAAUGAGCUCGUUGGGACUGAUGUCCACAUGCGUGAUCAGCAGGGUGAGAGCGUCUCUCAGGUCUUGCGUUUGAUGAUUCAAAGUUCAGGAGAGCUUCCCACUCACAAGUCCGUCAUGUCCGCAAAGAGGGUUCAGGAACAGUUGGAGUCUUCGCUUGAACGCAUUCGACAGCUGGAGACCCAAGUCCGUGCCGUCAGCACUUCACUUGCUGCAGUAACCGAUGCGUUGGAUAGAAUCCCAGACCCAGAGGCUGAAACAGCUGGAGAACGAGAGCUGCGGUAUUUGAGAAGCCCCAUGGAAGAAUGCUCAGACCCAGAACUUUGGACCCAAUUCCAUGGCCACAACGUGAGUUCACAUGACUCUGACAGUGAUUUUGAAGAAGGAGUCCGAGAGACAGUUGUCACAGUUUCUGAUCCAGUGCUGUACUACAGUCUUAUUUCUGAGCAAAGACGUCCUGAAGGAUCCAGUGCAGCGGCUGACAUUGAAAGGUCCCCAGAGGAAAUGCAGGAAGCUCGUGAUAGAGCUCAAGAAGCUAUUUGCGAACGCGUUGAACAAGCAGCCGCAGUUGGAAAUGGUGCAGCAGUUGAUCCUGAGAGCAAUGAGCCGGCUAGUUUCAACAAUCACUCCUUUUGCCUUUCCUUACAGAUGGUUGCAAGUGCCACAAAGAAUGUGGCAAUUGCAAAGGAUCUUGGUCCAGAUGAAGCUGCGAGUGACCCAGAGAGCGUUCAGAAGGAAAAGGAGGCUGAGGAUGCAAGUGUGCUGGAAGGUUUAUCAGAAGAAAAGACUGAUGGCGUUGGCGAAAAUUCUCAAGAAGUUGUUGGCGAGGAUUCUCCAAUUUUCACUGAUGUUCUUCAAGAUGACACGUUGGAAAUUCGAAGUGAUUCAUCAAGUGGCCGUCAGUGGCUCCAACGCUCUGGAGUCGGAAGGAUGAAGCAUUAUGACACGAGAUUGCUAUGGAUGCAAGCUGAAAUCAAGCAAGGGCUUAUCCACAUUUUGCCACUUGGUACGGUGAAGAAUUUGAGCGAUCUAAACACUAAGUGUUUGACCGCAAAGCGCAGAAAGUAUCUGCUCUAUUUGAUUGGUUGCGUUGAAUUCAAGGAUGGAGAGUAUUCCCGAAUUGGCGAGGCAGAAUUUCAUGAAGCACUGGUUGAAGAACAGAUGAAGAAGCGCAUUUCCCGUGUGAAAAGCUGUACUGGUGGAAACAAAUUCCAAAAUUUGAUGUAUGCUUUCAUCAUUUCACAGAUGGGUACUUCCGUUACUGGUUAUGAAGAUUCAGUGUGUGCUCUGACUGCUCAAACGGGCGACUGGCGGAAGAAAGUCCAAUGGGAUUGGCUCUCCGAUCCUAAGGAAUCCACCCCAAUGAAAGAAUACAUUCGGGCCAGCUCAGCUUCUCUGAGAGACAUCCAAAAGCUCACAGUGGCCCAAUGCAAUGUAACCAAGGAGUUAGCCAAUGCAGCCGGCCAGCAACUUGUCCUCCAGCGAGAGACAAACCAGUUGCUCAACCAAAUUUCCCCAGUGGCACUGCCAGACCCGACUCCUGAUCAGUCGGCGCCGCUCAUCAUUGUCGACACGCAGACCAAUCAAAGUCGGAGCGUGUCGCCAGGAGGCUACACUCGUGAUCAAACCAUGGGGAUCAAUGCCACCUUCGUACUCUAUCCGCAGAGAUCGGGGUCAACAGACCUUAUGGCUUCGGUCCAUGAUAUGUAUCCAGACCUCGUGAAAGAUGACGAUUCAGAAGAUCGGGGGAUUCCACUUCCAGCCAACAUUGACUAUCCUUUGGAUCUCGCACUUGAUUUGGACCAUGACACUGAUGCCUUCUUUGAACAACUCAGAGCCGAGAGUGAGCCUCUUGAACCACCCAGCGUCGAUCUCAGUGCUGAACCAUCCAGGAAACCCGAACCUCCGUUUACUGAGGAAGAUCGCAGACGGCUCAAUAAUGUAAUGUCAACCCCUGUCCAGACCUCCAACUUAGUGCUCCCGUGGGAAUUGCCUGGAAUGGAUCUGAUUUUUGGGGAACAUGAUAGCUCUAUCCCAGUACUUGUUUUGGAAGCAGUGCCAGAGCUGCCCACUUGCGAAGCUGAUCGUGUCAUGCCAGCAGCAGUCCAGGUUCGUGCCACCCCAGCCAUCAGAAGCUCUUUUCAAGACAGUGUAGAUUUCAACCUGACCAUGACUGACAGUGAGAUCGACAUCAUGCGUUGGACACGUGCUCUUGAAAAGUGGUAUGUGAUUUUCACUUCUGGCCCUGAAGCCUGGCCUGCUGGCUAUAACAUUGACGAGCUCAGAGAGGCUGAUAAGCUUCAGUCCUUGCGAAUGAUUUUUGGAAACAAGAGCCCUCCAACAGUCAACAAGAGGGCUGAAUCCAUCAUCAGGUAUUUGAAGUGGUACAAGGACAACCGUUUCUCGACAUGUCCUUUUCCUUUGUUAGCUUUGGACAUUGAGGAAUAUUUCAGCCAACUCAGCAAGUCGGACGCCGCCCCCUCAAGCUUUUAUAGUUUCUCCGAGGCGGUCGGGUUUUGUGAACACGUAGUGGGCAUUCACUUCCCUGUCGAACACAACCCAUUUCUGCCUCGAAAGUCAAAGGGGCUGAUGGAGAUCGCUGACUCCAAGAGAAAAGAGAAGGAGCAGGCCCGAGUCCUCACAGUAGAGGAGGUCAAGACCUUAGAGGAGAUCCUAGAUGAUGAGAAGUUCAGCAUCACAGACCGUUAUGCUGCAGGUUGCUUUUUUGUUUUGCCUCUACUCUCGCAGUUCGCAAGGAUUGCGGAGUCCGUCAGCCGUCCCUUGAACACCAUUAGGUUUGAAGCCCUCUUGCCAGCACCCAGGGCUUCUGGAGAAUUGGUAGGCACACCCUUGGAUGUUGCUCCCACAUUGGACCCGGUCACCAAGGAAGAGCUUUUGCCAACCAUCCUUGCACACAGUUCCGUCAGCUUUCACUUGCUCCCUCUUAGUGUCUCCGUCCUGCAACGACGGACACCUAAGGCAGCCAAGAAACAUCAGAACCAUCAGCGUUCGAGAAGCCUUGUAGCCACCAAAGGUAGCCUGAAAGGAGGCGGGCGCCCCAACAAAGGCCAAGCCAAGUCAGGCAAAAAGUCCAAAGGCGGGGGGCCCAAUGUCCCUAAGGCCUUGAUUGGGAAAGCUUUGGAGACCCCGUCCGGCGAACGCCUUCGCUGGGCAUACAACCUUGGUGGUUGUGAUCUAGUUGGAGACAUUGUGAGUUUUCGCAAAGACAACAAUACAGGAGGUCGCACCAAAUGGAGCGUGGCAUCCAGGGUGAUUGGCCACGAGGGAGAAAGAGACAUUUGGGUUUUGUGCGAGAACACCCCUGUACUUGUGUCAGCCCACAAUCUCCGACCAGCGAGCGAUGCAGAGGCUCUUGCACGCUCAAUUCUCCAAGGACCAAUUCCCGAAGAAGAAACCCCCGACCAGCUCGUUGACAUUCCAUAUCCAGAACACAUGGAAGUGGAAGAUGAUGAAGAAGACGUAGAAGAGGAAGAAGAAGAAGAAGAAGAAGUGUCAAGAGCUGAGCCUAGCGACAGAAGACUGCCAACCAGACGAGAGAAUCCAAUCAGAAGAGUUCGAAGAAGGACAGAUGGAGGAGUGUCGACCACAAGCGGUGGCGAUAGUCCGGCUGCCUCCGUCGUGGCAGCUCCCAACGCUGAAAUCUCGGCGAGAGCGGAAUCUCCGAUCGAGCCUGCGUCAGCCUCAGGACAACCAUCUGCGUGGCCAAACCCACGCGAUCCGCUUGAUGACCCCCCAGUUCCACUGAGGAUGCACUUCGAAGCGCAGUGGACUCGGGAGAGCCAAGCGAACACAGGAAUCGUUGGAAUGGUGAUGGAGAAAGGUCCAACACCGAUGGGACCAAGAUCUCGCUUUGUAUCAUUCAUGUCAUCCAGGUUCGAGGAAGGACUUCAAGAACAAGAAGCCGAGCCUGAGAAAGCUGCUGAAAAGACUUUGAACUUCGAGAGAGAGACUCCAGAGAUGAGAGCUCUGAUCUUGGAAGCAAGAGGCAAGGAAUGGGCCAAGUACAUUAAGUACAGUGCCGCUGUCCCAUUGCCGCCCGGUGAAGGGGGGGCGUUGAUCGCUCAGGGACACGCAGUGAUCCCGUCCAAGUGGGUGGACGUGGAUAAAUCGUACCAUGCCCAGUGCCGAGAUGAUCGCAUUAAGUCGAGGCAGGUCAGCUGCGGCAACUUUGAGGUCCAGGCAGGGUUGCGCACCGACGCCCCAACGUGGGAUGCGGAGACACACCACCUCAUAGCUGCGUUUGCGGCGUGUCACCAGGUGGAGUGUCGCUCAGCCGACAUAACGUCGGCGUACUUUCAAGCCGCUGCGCUUGACAGGGUCAUUGUAAUGAGAAUGUGGCGAGGUGGCCUCCCUGACCUCGAAGAUGGUAGCCCCCUUUUGAUCAGAGUACCCGUCUGCGGGUUGUGCGAUUCGGGACGUGGAUUUUGGAAACGGCUACACCGCGAAGCACGUGACUGUGGCUUCAGUCCGUCGCGAGUGUUUCAGGCCUUCUACUAUUUGAAUGUUCCCGUGGAAUCCCCUGAAAGACAGAAGAAAGAGGAUCAGAAGGAAGGGAAAGAAGAGAAAACCCAUGCUGAAUUGAAGACAGUGGCAGUGUUGACCACGCAUGUGGACGAUCUUCUUUAUGCAUACUUGCCUGAAGGAAAGGAGUACAUGGAUCGUUUGUUGUCACGUUUUGAUGUAGGAACUCAGGAGACUGGAAGCUUCAGGUAUUGCGGUAAGCAAUUCAAUAGCACUCCUGCAGGAAUCACAAUCGAUGUUGACGACAACAGUCGCAAGGUGAAACCUGUGAGAAUUGACCAAGGACGACCAAACACUGACUUGCUGACUCCUGGAGAGAUCAGCCAACUCAGGUCAGUGGUGGGCUCGCUGUCGUGGAUUGCACGACAGGGGAGGCCCGAUAUCCUUUACCUUGUUUCCAAGCUGCAGUCAGAGAUAAAAGGAGCGACAGUCCAGACUGCGCGAGAUGCCAACAAGUGCGUUGAGAUGACCCUUGCUGGUUUGGAUCAUGUGAAACUUCGGUUCCCGUACCAUCACAUGGACUGGAACACGAUGGGCGUGUUGAGUAUCUCGGACGCAUCUUUUGCGAAUGAAGGCGGAAUGCGCUCGCAACAGGGCAGAUGCCAUUUCCUGUGCCCAGUCAAGCAACUGAAGGACAAGCGCCUUGAGAUCGACAUGCGAGCCAUGCGCCAGUCAUUGAGAGAUGAGGACGAUCGAGAGACAUACCUCGUUUAUCCUGAUGGAGGGGCAACUUGGGACCAAACCGCCAAGACCAAAGGUGAGGUGGAGGUCGAACUGCAACUGCAUCUGAUUGAAAGCAACUCGGUAAAGGCCUGCCAUCUCGCGGAGGGACCGCCGGUGUACGCUGAGGAGAUUUUUGCUCGCGUGGGCUUACAAGAUACAUUUGCUGAAAAGCUUCUGGAUGAUGGUUGGACUGUUCCGCUGUUUGCGGUUUCUGCUUCCUCUCUUGAAAGAUUUGAAAAUGAAAUUGAUGGCCUGUUGGGGGAUGUGGCAGGUAUCACCACACCUAUUCAGCGUUCAGCGUUGAAAUUGGCCUGGCAAGAAUGUCAGCCUCAAUCCACAUCAGCAUCUAGCACCUCCCGUUUGGAGCAACCUACAGAGCCUAGUUCAUCGGCUACAAGAUCCUCAUGGACUGAAAGCUUCGCCCCCAAACUGACCGCCUCUACAGUGGCUGAACUUAAGAAUGCAUUUCGCAAAGCAUAUCCCAGCGAGAUCCUGGUUGCCGACAACACUCCCAGCUUGCGUUUGCUUUCUUUGGUUUAUCGUAUGAAACAAACCAAUGACUUCAAAUGGGUGCCAUGGAAAUAUCGCUUGACUCAACAGAAAGCUGAGGAGAUCACAAGCAAAAGUGCCAGAACUCCGAAAGUUGAACAUGUCCAACUCCACUCCCUUAUUUUGGAUCAACCGCCUGAACUGAAUAUUGAGAAUGGAUCACUUGGAUUGAUGGCUGUUCGCCAGAUGUUUGAUGUUUACAGCAUUGCAAUGGCUAUGGCCGAUAUUGCCCAUCUUGGUACUUUGAAGCUGUAUUAUCUCAAAUUCAUGAACCUGAUGAGCACCCGCCUUGACCCUGAAACAGGUCUACGCAAUCCUACAAUCACUGAAGCCCAGGCCGCUGAUCGAGUGCUCAUGCAGUUGGUCUUUGACCUGGUCAAUGAACGAGGUUGGAAUGUUGACGACAGCUUGUAUGAAAUCACCAAUGUGAGAGCUGAGAUUCAUACUUUGUUGCAGGCACGUCCUCGCCUACCCAAACAAAAUAUGUCGCAGAAUAAUCCAGGCAAUCAAGGCAAGAGUUCGGGUCGAGGCCCUCGCAAUGCGCCCUACGACAAAGGUGGCGCCAAAGGUAAACAGAAAGGCAAAGGAAAGACACGUUGGAUCAGUGAAGCACUUAUCAAUGGAGUCCGCAAACAGCUGUGCAUGCGCUUCCAAACAGGUUCCAAUUUCAGUGCCAUCCUCAAAUGCAUCACAGACCUGCUUCCUUUGAAGGCCUACUUGGAUGAAUUCCUUUUUGCGCAAGGCGUGUCACCUUGUUGGGACAUUUCGGCGGACCAACCGAUGAACCUUUGGAUUGCUUUUCGAUUGACAUCAAAUCAGCCCAUAAACGCAUUGCUGUGGCAGCAGAAGACCGAGGCUUUCUAG